UUAAUCAUGCGGACUAGUGUGGCACGUUUGUAGUUCGUGGAACGUAGUUCGUUCGUGAAGACGAAGCUGCACGGGCAGGGAUGCUCAUACGGAAGUGGUUCUGCUCAGGGCAGCAGCUACAGCUGUCACGUCAGUCAUCGGACAUCCAGAACUAAAAGCUUCCGAACGAAGCCAUCUACGUGUGAAAAGCGCAAGAAUGUCAAAGCUUGCUGGAAAGCCAGCAGCCAUACCUGGGCCUGUCGCAGCAGCAGCUGCAGCAGCAGCAGCACCACCACCACCACCUGCCACAGCAGCAUCACCUGCCACAGCGCCAGCAGCAGCACCCGCCACAGCAGCAGCACCCGCCACAGCAGCAGCACCCGCCACAGCAGCAGCACCCGCCACAGCAGCAGCACCCGCCACAGCAGUAGCACUCGGCACAGGAGCAGCACCCGCCACAGCAGCACCUCCCACAACAGCACCUGCCACAACAAACGGCACAGAGGGUGUCGCAGGGAAUGCUGAACAAGAGACUCUUCCUGCACCAGAAGCUCCGCAAAAUGUAGACGCGGGUCAGUUUCCCGUAGUGACGCCUGGAAGCAAAAAACGUAAGAAGAGGAGAAGGGUCAUAGUUGAGGAACUGACCGACGAUGACGACUCCCUGAAGAGUAUCGUCACUUUUGACAAGGUAUAUCCCGACGAUACUAUAGAAGACGCUUAUCCCAAGACAGACAAGAAGAAGAAGAAGAAGAAGAGACAGAUUUACAUCGACGAAGGCAGCGAAAAAUCUGGGCACGUCACGGUUGAUCUGCAAGAGGAGCCACGGGGCAAGAAAUCGAGGAAAGAUAAGAAGAAGACGAAAGCUGCGCUGAACACGUACAUCAACAUCUACUCCAACACUGCCGGUUCUACAUACGGCGUAUCGAAUGAGGCACCUCCACCGCCGACAGUGAUCAUGCCGCAGGAGCAAGCCGAGCCGGCGCCUGCUGAGCAGAGCCCUGGACCUCCACUCACUUCCGGGAGGAUGAACCUGGCGAUAGCAAAGGCGAGAGAAGGGAAAGGACAAAAUGUGCUGGUCAUACCAAUACCUCCGCAUCUGUCCGGAAAGCUGCGUGAAAUGAAUGCCCUGGGAGUAAUGGAAGAGCGGCAGGACAACGCGCAGAUGCCCCUACUACAAGGCCGAUCCAGAAGUUCAGUCAGAAUGAGCAGUGCAGCCAGCAUGGGCCAAGUUGCCAAUGAUGAGAGUGGCCCAAACACAUACCAAUCCGUCAACCAAGAUGAACAACCACUAGUGCCAGAGAACCGACAGGACAGGGCUCCGACGCCGGAAUCCACAGGCGACGACAAGCAGGCCGCGGUUCGAAACGUCUUGACCUUUGUUGCCGUUGUCGUUGUCAUUGUGAUUGCUAUCGUACUGGUAGUACUUGCGAGUGGAACAGGGUCAGGACACCAGUCUGAAAAGCCGUCGUCAACGAUCGCCGGUGGUAGUAAUCCACUGGUCCAGUUUCCAAAGUGGUCUGGGGACAAAGAUCCAUAUUGGGACAUCUGAGAUGUAGGAGGACAACUCCAAAUAUGUGAUGGCAGCACGGCCAACUGUGCGUCAUUGUCCAUUCUCGGGAGGCGUCCAAUAAAUUUGCAUUGGCAAAGCAGCGGCAAGAAUAAGUCGGACGACGGCGGACGACUUCACUCGUGUUCAUUAGGAGCAUAAUUAAGCUAUACAUGAAUCUACUGCACGCAUAAUGUAUUGAAAUAUAACGUGAUAUAAAACAUCAAAAAUUUGUCAUA